UGUAGGGGUGGACGUCUCUGAGUACGUAGUUGACUUGCAUCUCCCUCGUUUCCUUAUCCUUCGAGCUCGGGGCGCUGCAGAGGUCUCCUCCCAUGGCGGCGUUUGAGCAGCAGAUGGACGCCCAACGCCGGGAUCUGCUGUACCACCUCGCCGUCCUGAACGAGAAGGUGCAACAGGUGCAGUCCCUCGUGGGCCUCGUCGUCUCGCCCGAGCUCCUGCGGCAGGAGCCCCUGGAUGCGGUGGUGUCCGGCGCCCGUAGCCUGGUGCAGGAGAUUAUCGUCGCCGCCUCCUCCAUGAUGCACGCCUUGCAGCAGCAGCAGCAGCAGCAGGAGGAGGAGGAGAAGGACGAGGAAGAGGAAGAGGAACAGGAGAACGAGGCGGUCGGUUACGAGGCCACCGGCGCAGCUCUAGACCACGAUCUCCACAGAUUAUUAGAUGGAGUCCUCGAGUGCAGCGUCGGCGGGGAGGGCGGAUCGCGGUGCGAGAUCGUCGAGGUGGACGCGGCGGAUCUGCUGGCCAAGUACACGCACUACUGCCAGGUCUGCGGCAAGGGGUUCAAGCGCGACGCCAACCUGCGGAUGCAUAUGAGGGCGCACGGCGAGGAGUACAAGACGAUCACCGCCCUGGCGAAGGGCGCGCCACCACCAGCUGCAGGGGCGGCGAGGAGGUACUCGUGCCCGCAGGAGGGGUGCCGGUGGAACAGGAAGCACGCCAAGUUCCAGCCGCUGAAAUCGAUGGUGUGCGUGAAGAACCACUACCGGCGGAGCCACUGCCCCAAGAUGUACGUGUGCAAUCGGUGCAACCGCAGGCAGUUCGCGGUGCUCUCCGACCUGCGUACCCACGAGAAGCACUGCGGCGACCUCAGGUGGAUGUGCUCCUGCGGCACCACCUUCACCCGGAAGGACAAGCUAAUGGGCCAUGUCUCCCUGUUCUUGGGCCAUACACCACUCCCCAAUUGCCUCGCCAAGUGAAGCGUAUCCAUCUUAAUUUCUCAUAUGUAAUAUAUGAUAGAGGUAGAUUUUGAUGUACUAUGAUAUUGAUGUUGAUGAGGUUGGAUUGUUAUGGAGA